AGACCAUGUGCACAGGUCCUCUCCCUGUCUCUGUGGCCAGCCCCAGUCGGGUGUUGCCCUAAAUGCCACGAUGCUGGGUUCUGCACAGGGGCUGUGCCUAGGCGGGAGAGCUUGGGGCAGGUGCUGGAGGUAGACAUGCACAUGGUCAGCAGCCAUCCAUCUGUGGGGUCUCGUCAAGAAUUAUGGUUUGUUCCCAGUACUGAGGCUGAAAAGGGUCAAGGAAGAAGGGUUGGAGCAUGGCGUCUCUGGCAACUGAGAAUGGAAACCAGUCAGAUGACUACAGCUGGUACAUCGAGGAGCCUCUAGGGCCUGAGGAUGGGCAGACAGAUGGGGUGAAUCCUUCUUGCCAGCCCAGUGCACCGCCUGCCCUGCACCAUGUCUGCCUGGCCUCACUGUCGCUCCUGGCUCUGCUGCUGCUGGCCUUGCUGGUGAGACGUCGCAGGCUUUGGCCACGCUGUGGUCACCGGAGGCCUGGACUCCCCAGCCCUGUGGAUUUCUUGGCUGGGGACCAAUCCUGGACAGUGCCUACGGCCAUCUUUGUGGUCCUCUUCAGCAAUCUGUGCCUGUUGCUCCCUGAUGAGGACCCACUGCCUUUCCUGAGCACCCUUACCAAAGCACCCAGUUCAGACGGAGAGACAGAGACAUCCAGAGGGCCCUGGAAGCUCCUAGCCCUGCUCUACUACCCAGCCCUCUACUACCCUGUGGCUGCGUGUGCUACAGCAGGGCACCGGACUGCAUACCUAUUGGGUACUGUGCUGUCUUGGGCCCACUUUGGUGUUCAGGUCUGGCAGAGAGCAGAGUGUCCUCAGGACCCCCAGAUCUACAAGUACUACUCCUUGCUGGCCUCCCUGCCUCUGUUUCUGGGGCUUGGAUUCCUGAGCCUUUGGUACCCAGUGCAGUUGGUGCAGAGUAUCCGCUACCAGACAGGAGGAGGCUCCCAGGGGCUGCAGACUAGUUACUCCGAGAACUAUCUGAGGACCCUCCUCUGCCCAAAGAAGCCAGACUGCAGCUCCCACUCCACCUCCAAGCACAGCCUCCUGUCUCGGGCCUGGGCCUGCUCCCAACACUCUAUCUACACUCCACAGCCAGGAUUCCGCCUGCCCUUGAAGCUGGUGAUCUCGGCCACUCUGACGGGAGCAGCCACUUACCAGGUGGCCCUGCUGCUGAUGGUGAGCGUGGUGCCGACAAUGCAGAAGGUAAGGGCAGGAAUCACCACAGAUGUCUCCUACCUGCUGGCUGGCUUUGGGAUCGUGCUCUCUGAGGACAGGCAGGAGGUGGUGAAGCUGGUAAAACAUCACCUAUGGGCUGUGGAAGCAUGUUACAUCUCGGCUCUGGUCUUGUCCUGCUCAUUAACCUUCCUGCUCCUGCUCCGCUCCCUGGGGACACACAGGGCCAACCUUCAAGCGCUACACCGAGGGGCUUCCCUGGACCUGGGUCCCCCUCUUGAGAGCACUCUCCCCUCUCGCCAAGCCAUAGUCUGCUGGAUGAGCUUCAGUGCCUAUCAGACUGCCUUCAGCUGCCUUGGGCUCCUGGUGCAGCAGGUCAUCUUCUUCUUGGGGACCACAGCUCUGGCCUUCCUGGUGUUUGUACCUUUACUCCAUGGCAGGAACCUCCUGCUCCUCCGAUGCCUGGAAUCCACAUGGCCCUUCUGGCUGAUGUUGGCCUUGGUUGUACUCCUGAAGAAUGUAGCAGCCAACUGGGUCUUCCUGGACACUCACCAUGGAUGCCCAGAGCUGACCAACCGGCGUAUGCUCAGCAUAGCCACUUUUCUUCUCUUCCCCAUCAACAUGCUGGUGGGAGCUGUAGUGGCUAUCUGGCGGGUGCUUCUCUCUUCCCUCUACAACACUGUUCACCUCGGCCAGAUGGACCUCAGCCUGCUGCCGCAGAGAGCUGCCUCCCUGGAUCCAGGCUAUCACACAUACCGAAACUUCCUGAGGAUUGAGGCCAGCCAGUCACAUCCAGCAGUCAUAGCCUUCUGCGCCCUGCUUCUUCAUGCGCCAAGUCCACAGCCUCAGCCCCUGUUGGCCCCGCAGGACAGCCUGGGACUAGCAGCAGCAGAAGAAGGGAUGCAAUUGCUACAGACCAAGGACCUAAUGGCCAAGGGAGCAGGACCCAAAGGCAGCCAGAGCAGGGCCCGUUGGGGUCUGGCCUACACGCUGCUACACAACCCAAACCUGCAGGCCUUCCGGAAAGCAGCCCUAACUGGUGCCAAGGCCAAUGGCACCCAGCCCUGAGGAUGAGGAAAACCACACCUCCCUGCUCUUCUGUGCUGAGGCACAUUUCUGUCCACCAUCCUCCCUCCCAUCCAUGUCAGCAACCCCUUGCCCAGCAGUAGCUCUGCCAGCCAGCAGAUCCCCGUGGGAUCAGGGGACUGGAGUCACUGUGUCUACACCACCAGCCUCAAGAGGAUUUCAGUCUGUGCUUGUCCACCAGGCUCCCAGCUAUGGCUCUACAGAAAACAGCUGAUGGGCUCUUUCUCCUCGAACUGCAAGAGCAGGAGUGGCCACUUACAGGCCUCUCCUCCCCACACUGCC